UGCAUGCCGGUACAGCAAUACAUAUUUAACACAUAUAGUGCGAAAAUUAACAAUUAUGUAUUUAUAUGCAAUAACUAUGUACUAAUCGUUAUACAAAUUAUUUCAAAAUGACCGCUAUUACAAACAAAUUAUGAUAAAUUAUGGUGUCUUUGAAGUACUGCAUCAACAUUAUUCCUGUACAUUAUUUUCCGAACAGUUUCAUAAGGUAUUACGGAAAUGCUCACUUUGGACAAGGUUUUGGCCGUAUAGCAUUAGACGAUUUACACUGUAACGGUUAUGAACACGAUAUUGACGACUGCAGAUCUCAGCCAUGGUUUGUACAUAAUUGUGGUCAUAGUGAAGAUGCUGGAGUAGACUGUUAUGCAUACGAGCCGACGACCUCGUCGUGGUGGCACAACCAAGCAGCAGAAACAACUGAAGGUCAAACUCCAAUACGACUUGUAAAUGGAUCGACGCCAUAUUCCGGACGUGUUGAGGUCUACCAUAAUGGUGCAUGGGGUACUGUGUGUGACGAUGAUAUAGACACAAAUGCAGUAAGGGUCAUCUGCAAAAUGCUGGGGAUGUAUUUUGGCUAUAGCUACGGUGUGCCAUACGGAAGUGCAUAUUUUGGCGAAGGAAGCGGACGAAUAGCACUAGAUGAUUUGCAUUGCUAUGGUCAUGAGUCCGAUAUUACUCAAUGUAUGCGCAGUAACUGGUAUUCUAAUGACUGUAACCAUGGUGAAGAUGCAGGGGUUGAUUGUUAUGAGUAUGAAAUGACUACACUCUCGAUUGAAACAACAGAAGUUCAAACUCCAAUACGACUUGUAAACGGACCGACAUAUUAUUCCGGUCGUGUUGAAGUCUAUCACAACGGAGCAUGGGGUACCGUGUGUGAUGACAGUACAAACAAUCGCACUGUCAAGGUCAUCUGUAAAAUGUUAGGAAUGUACAUCGGUGAUAGCUAUGGCAGACCAUAUUCAAGUGCAUAUUUUGGUCAGGGAAGUGGAAACAUACUUCUAGAUAACUUAAACUGUAAUGGUUACGAAUCUGACAUUGCACAAUGUAUGACAUCUAGCUGGUAUACAAAUGACUGUAGUCACUCGGAAGACUUUGGAGUUGAUUGUCAUGGCUACAUAUACGGAGGAACAAUUCUACCAUACACCACAAGAAAUUACUUAACAACUACUUCAUACAGACCAUGGUACACGUCUACUGCAGGGUACAGACUUGCUGAUACAAUAUAUGUGAGUUGUGACGAAAAUGGUUGGAACAUCAGAGUCAAUCUCGCACUUUUAAGACAUAUACAUCCCGGAGCCGUUGCCUCAGACAUUUACCUUGGUGAAAAUACAUGUACCGGCAUUGAAAGCUGGAAUACCGUGACAUUCCAUCAAGGAUUGCAUGAAUGUCUCACCAGUCAAAUGAUACGGAAUAAUGUUCUAGUAUAUAGAAAUCAACUGGUGUACGCUCAACGAGACCCAGCCCAUCCAUUCAUCAUCAGACACUACAACUGGACUAUUGGUGUAGAGUGUGAUGUCGACAGAAACGAAACAAGUUCAGGGCAUAUUCACCACGACACCGGCAGUAAUCCUGUUGAUUCCGUACUUGGAUCGAGUCAUUAUUUUGUCAACAUGAGCUUCUUCUCUGACCCCAAUUUCAUGUACCCUAUCCAAGGCAAUCCUAUACACGUUGCAGUAGGUACUAAAGUAUAUGUAAAGGUAUAUAGUACCACAUCUGAUUGGACGAUCAAAAUGAAAGUGCACACAUGCUACACAAAACCAACGGCAAACGCAUCUGAUCAGUUGAAAUAUGAGAUUAUAAAGAAUGGGUGUGAAAUGGAUUCAAACACUCAUAUCAUAUCGCAGUCUUCCCAUGAAACCCGUUUUGUGUUUGAAGAUUUUGAAUAUACCAGCAAUCACGAGGGACUUUAUGUCUUCUGUGAUGCCAUCUUCUGUCGUUCCUCUGAUUAUUCCAGGCAGUGUAUGCAGACAUGUAAUUGUAUUAAGAAAAUGAGCCCGAAAAUGAAAUCAAUGUUAUCUAAUACCGUAUCCGGCCACCAAAAAGGACCACAAAAGCAAGUUAAAAAUCCUCAACAGUGUUUGCCAGUUGAAACAAAUUUCCUGAGACGAGACGUGGAUCUUAGAAUUAUAAUUAUCACAUUUAACAGACCAAAGUCCGUUUUGCGCUUGUUGCAGUCUUUGAACAGGGCAGAAUAUAACGGAAGCAAAGUAGUAGUUGAGAUCUGGCUGGACAGGGACCAUCAGCGAGAAUACUCAACAGAGACCGUGAAGAUAGCACUAAAUUUUGUGUUCGAUUAUGGUGCAUGUGAUAUACACAUUCAAAAUCACCAUAUGGGUAUAAAUGGACAAUGGCUAAACACUUGGAGAUCAUAUGACAACGACAAUGAAAUCGCUGUGAUACUUGAAGACGAUUUAACGGUUUCUCCUUAUUUCUAUAUCUGGCUAAAGCUCGUCCACACAGUGUAUGAUCACAGAGGCUUUACAUUUAAUUGGAAUGACGAUCGAUCAAUUAAAAAAGGGAUGAUGAAGAAUGAGACAGAUGAGAGAGACGGUCUAAUUCUCGAAUGGAAACACGAGUAUGAAGAUCUUCCAGCUGUACCAGUCUAUGUAAACAGGUCUGAGCCUCAGUGUUCGAAGUUUCACUAUGAAGAACAACUUCUGGAGAAAAUGGUAAGAAUGGAAGUUAAAGUUGAAGGUGUGGAGAAACGAAUUAUGGAAACCAAUCAACGUGUGCUGGACGUUCUUGGAAAUUUGCAAACAGAGAGAAAAGACAUGAAGAAUGAAUUCAAUGAAUUGCAAAUACAAUAUUCUAAAGAAAUGGAGGAACGUAUUGCUGAUAUUGAAAAAUUAAAAGAUACCCUGCUUACAGAAACAGUAGCGUUUAAAGCACAUGGACCCUCAGAUAAAAUUCUUGGCACCGGCAAAACUAUAGUAUUUGCAGAGACAAUGUUAAACAAAGGUGGAGCAUACGAUAAUGUCACGGGAAUGUUUACGGUUCCUUGUCGUGAUUUAAUAAAUUUAUUGAUAGUUAGUAUAACAAUAGGUGCUAUUCAAAAUUCGGAAAUAUUCAUUUUCAAAGUAGUUAAAUUCUCUAGUUUUGAUAAAUGUUCAAUGUUUUUUUUUAUACCCAACGCAUUCAUAAUGGAGUGCAAACAUUGUUUGAAAAUUCUUGUGCUUGGAACAGUCUUACUGUCAACGGUGACUGAAGCCUCGCAUUUCAGAGGGGCUAUUAUAUCAUGGAAACCAGGAUCUAGACAGAACGAAAUUGUCAUCGACUACCGUAUUUCUUGGCGGAUGACAUAUAGUACUAACUUCAACUGUAAUGAUUCCGUUAUACAAAGUGGCGCUCUUCUUCCGGGUGAAGGCAGUCUUGACUGUUUCGAUAACUGUAUAGGCUCUCUAGGAGAUUUGUCAUACCAGUGCACUGAUUACAGUACUGUUGAAGACUGGUCAUCUGGUAGAGGUCGAAAAACAGUAUUGCUUAACUCAAACACCGCCAGUUUUGGAUUUCAAGGACAAGCUUGGAUCGACACGCUCAAUAUUGGCUCAGGAGGAAGGUGGAAACUCGUGGUGAAAGCAAAUCUCAGCGUAAGGAGCGAUACGGGAAGAAUAAAUUCCUCUCCCACUGCAGAAAUAACACCUAUAGUGAGGCUACAGUAUGGUUGUAACCACACGAUAACAAUACCAGUGAAGGACCCUGAUCAAGACAGCGUUAAAUGUCGUUGGGCUAGUAGUGCCAAAACUGAAUGCGCAGCUGUUUGUAAUGCUUUUCCUAAUGCAUACCUUGAUUCUGACAUGUGCACGUUAUCAUAUGAUGCCCGUUAUUCUCGUGGCUGGUACGCAGUUGCAAUUCAAGUUGAGGACUAUGCAAGACCGUAUGACAGCUCACCCUUAAGUAGCAUACCAGUACAGUUUCUUGUCCAGGUUUAUCAGUCAAGUGAUUCAUGUACAGUAAGACCUGAACUGAUUGACCCGUCGCCACAAGAUGGUGACUGCAUUGUUGUUCGCAAAAAUGAAACAUUUGAAACAACAAUUACAGCUCACAUAAGAGGAUAUAACAGAAGUAUUUCAGAGAUAAAAACCGUAUCGCCGCUUGGGAUGGUUAAGUCACCAUUGAUGCAAAUAAAUUCAACCACUUGGCAGGUCAAUGUCACAUGGGCACCGACUGCUAUCAAUGAUACGAGCAACGUGUUUUGUUUCACAGCGACGGACACAUCCGGGCAACAGAGUGAGAAAAGAUGCAUCACAUUGUUAUCUGGAGUUUCAAGACCGAUGUUUCUCGAUGGUUUUCAAGGGCCAACAGGCAUGGUAUCUCCAGACCAAAGACAAUGGAGUGUUAUGGUAGAUAGACCGUUCAUUCGUGGUUCACCACAUUCCUAUAUCAGAUUGUUCAGUGAAAGAGGUUCUUUACUUGAGAAUAUUGACGCUUCAAGCAGAAACCGAGUUACCGUGAAUGCUUAUAACAACUCUUUGGAAUUUAGAACGUCCACAACUUUUUAUGAGAAUCAGACAUACUAUUUCCUUUUCGAUUCUGGUGUGAUAAGGAGUAAUUCAUAUUGCGGAACCGAAUCAGAUUCUGAGGAAAUACAUGACCAAUACUUCUGGAGAUUUUAUAUAGACAAAGUCCCUGUUCGCCUCGUAAACGGACCGAACCAGUAUUCUGGGAGAGUAGAAGUGUACCACGGUGGAGCAUGGGGUACAGUUUGUGAUGACAGUUUCGAUCGAAGUGAUGCCGAAGUAAUUUGCCGAAUGUUAGGAAUGCUCAGUAACGACAGCUAUAUAGAAGCGUUUCAACAAGCACAUUUCGGCCAAGGUAGUGGGAGAAUAGUCUUAGAUGACCUAAAUUGCUAUGGUGAUGAAAACAGCGUUGACGAGUGCAGAUCAUCUGGUUGGAUGAACGAAAACUGUGGUCACGGAGAAGAUGCCGGUGUCUCAUGCCAUACCACCAUACGUCUAGUAAAUGGGUACAAUACAUAUUCUGGUCGGGUAGAGGUAUACCAUGAUGGUAUAUGGGGAACAGUAUGCGAUGAUGGCUUUGGUCUUUAUGAAGCAAGAGUUGUCUGCAGACAGCUAGGAAUUUAUUAUGGAGAUAGUCGUACACGAGCUUAUUCGACUGCACUCUUUGGAGAAGGUAAUGGUAGAAUAGCAUUGGAUGAUCUAGGUUGCAGUGGUCAAGAACAAUAUAUUGGGGAUUGCAGAACAAAGGCUUGGUUUUCAAAUGACUGCAGUCAUAGUGAAGAUGCCGGGGUAGAUUGCAAUGCGGAUGAAAUAACUACCUCACCCUGGUGGUACAGCCACGGCGCAGAAACAACUGAAGUUCAAACACCAAUACGACUUGUAAAUGGACCAACAUACUAUUCUGGACGUGUAGAGAUCUACCACAAUGGGGCAUGGGGUACUGUGUGUGACGACAACGUUAAUAUCACAACAGUCAAGGUCAUCUGCAAAAUGCUCGGAUAUUACAUGGGUGGCAGUUAUGGCAAGGCUUACACAGGCGCUUACUUUGGUCAAGGAAUAGGUCGUAUAUUACUGGAUAAUCUGAAUUGCCAUGGUUACGAGUCUGAUAUUACACAGUGUAUGACUACUAGUUGGUACACCAAUGAUUGUAGCCAUUCUGAAGACGCGGGAGUCGAUUGUCAUGGUUACAUUUAUGGAACGGCAUUACCAAGAUAUACAGGAUAUUACACAAAUGUAUCUUACGUUACAACUGCUACACGCCGACCAUGGUACCUAUCUACUGCAGGGUAUAGUCUGGCUGAUGCAAUACAAGUGAGUUGUAACGAAAAUGGCUGGAACAUUAGGGUAAACCUUGCACUUCUUCGAAACAUUUAUCCAGGAUCCGUUGCCUCUGACAUAUAUCUCGGUGAAAAUACUUGUACUGGCGUUGAGAGCUGGAAUACUGUGACAUUCCAUCAGGGAUUGCAUGAAUGUCUCACCAGUCAAAUGAUAAGAAAUAACGUUCUAGUGUAUAGAAAUCAACUGGUUUAUGCCCAGCGCGACCCAGCUCAUCCAUUCAUUAUCAGACACUACAACUGGACAAUUGGUGUUGAGUGUGAUGUAGACAGAAACGAAACAAGUUCAGGUCAUAUUCAUCAUGACACUGGCAGUACUCCUGUUGAAUCCGUUCUUGGAUCGAGUCAUUAUUUUGUCAACAUGAGCUUCUUCUCUGACCCCAAUUUCAUGUAUCGUAUCCAGGGCAAUCCUAUUCACGUUGCAGUAGGUACCAAAGUAUAUGUAAAGGUGUAUAGUACCACCUCUGAUUGGACGAUCAAAAUGAAAGUGCACACAUGUUACACAAAACCAACGGCAACCGCAUCUGAUCAUUUGAAAUAUGAGAUUAUAAAGAAUGGGUGUGAAAUGGAUUCAAACACACAUAUCAUAUCGCAGUCUUCCCAUGAAACUCGUUUUGUAUUUGAAGAUUUUGAAUAUACCAGCAACCACGAGGGACUUUACGUCUUCUGUGAUGCCAUCUUCUGUCGUUCCUCCGAUUAUUCCAGACAGUGUAUGCAGACAUGUAAUCCAUGAAAACAACAACAACAACAAGCCUAAAACAUCACAAUUGUGUUUCUGUGUUAAUAAUGUAGGAAAUGAGAAAUCCUGUUUUUACUAGUGUGAUUCGUGUUCAUUUCAAGAACGGAUUAAUCAUUGAAAAAUUUCACUCAACAAUUUCAUGAAAGGCUUAUAUGGACUUUGUUUUUAACGUGUCUGUCACAAUGAACAUAUUAAUCUAUAUCAUUUUCUUUCUUUUUCCCUAUCUUCUGUUUCGGUAAUUGUUAUCUCGAUUUGAAAGUUGUAUUAUCAUUGUUGAAGUUAUUACUGUAUCCAUUGUUAUUGAUUGUCUUUCUUAAUUGUAUAUAUUAAACUGAUAUGCAGCACCGAAA